CUAAUUUAAGUUUUGACGUUUCUGUCCACAUAUAAUCAUGGAGUUUUUCAAAUAAAAAUACGUUUUUACAUUAAAAAGUAAAUAGAUAUUAGAUAAUAAAUAAUAAGAAAUGGAAACCGCCGAACCAACACCUGAAGCUUUGCAGAGAAAGCUUUAUUUUUUACUAGAACAACUGCAAGAUAUGGCUCGAGAGCUACUACCAAAGUAUCAGAUGAGGGUGCCUAUUGAACUUUUAUCAGGACUUGCAAAUUGUCUCCUAAACGACACAGUAUUUGAAAUAGUAAAGGGAUUAAUGGAGAUACAACAUGUGACAGAAAAACAUUUAUUUCAACAAAGAUUACAAAUAAUCAAUAAUCAGGCUUUGGAAAUACAAGAAAUGGUAAACUCAACACAAAACCCAGAACAACUAGAAUUAAAAAGAAAUAUUUUAUUAAGAAGACACAAGGAAGAACUUAAGCAGACUGAUAUGAAAUUAGUAAUUCAGUUAGAUCAAAAAGUUAGUGACCAACAAGACACUCUGGAGAAAGCAGGAGUCCCAGGAUUUUUCGUCACAAAUAAGCCUAUAGAAAUAAAAGUGCAAAUGUAUCUUCUUGACUUUAUAUUAAGACUGAGCAAAAUGGAUAUGAUAAAAAGCUAAUAUACCUAUUUUAUAAUUUUA